AUGCAAAGAUUCAUUUUCAAGGGGAAUAGCAAGCAUUUACCAGUGCAUGUAGUUAGUGCCUCAUCCGUUGCAAAAAAAAGACUUCAAGAUUAUCUGAAAGUUCUUCAAGAUCCUGAGAAGAUUCUUCAAGAUUUUCUGCUUGUAUACGAGACAGUUCAGACGAAGACACGUUGCCAGUGCUGGAUGGCGUUCACGUGGAUAUCGGCAGCCAUGAUGUGUUGUCCCCCUCUGCUCGGAUUCAAUCAGCCCAAAUUCGAUCAUGACGCUCUAGUCUGUAUGCUCGACUGGCAAGACAUGGCUGCUUAUGCUACCACACUCGCUAUACUGGUGCUAGGUCCCAGCCUUAUAACGAUAGUGUACACUUACGGCUACAUCUUCGGCAUGAUGCGUAAACUGCGCCAGGGCGCACCCAUUCAUGACAAGGAGUACGCGACUGCUCUGUCUGAGAACCUGGCCAACCCCAGCCAUGUCAUGUCAUUCGUGCUAGUCUUCACCUUCUGGUUGGCCUGGCUACCCUUCAUCCUACUCAGGCUCUACGAACACUGGUCAGGUCACCGCAUCAACCUCGCCCACCUGCAUUUCGCCGUGUUCUGGUUGGGCAUCUUCAACUCGACACUGAAACUCGUCAUCCUUGUCUGCCUCAGUCCACAGUUCCGCCUCAUGUUGCGCUGUCUCUGUCUAUCACUCUGCUGUCGAUCCUCCAAGAGUCGACUGCUGCAGAUGCAGCUCAUUGGAAUGGAUGCCGACGAUUAGGUAUCGAAUCAAUAUUCAAAUUAAUCAAAUCAAAUUGAACAGAUGUCAUCGAAAACAACGUCAAAAAGUCACUAAUAUUGUAAAGUGAGGCCCACGUUAUAAUGGCAGUGUUUGAUUAGCAAUGGUGUUGCUAUCCUUGUCUAUCAGUCAACAAAGCGGAUAGCACUAUCUUUCUCUCUCUGAAUUAAUGAAAUUAACGUUUUGG